UUCUCAAAAGCCCAAGUUAGGUACUUUGCUCUAUUUCACUGAUGAUGGCAAAAACCUCCCUAUUCCCAAAGCAACCAUGUCAAUGGCUGUUCCCACUCUCUCAUCUCUAAACCCUUCUCUCAAAAUCACUCCAUUUUCUUAUCUCAGACUCGGAACCCAUACCCAAACCAUUCCAUUUCGCUCUUCACCAACCAAAACCCAGUCUUUUAAUCUCAAACCAGGUCAAAAUUUUCCUGGGUUUUCCGGGAAAAUUCAGGGUUUUGUGUUUGAGAGAAAGUUGACGGUUUGUGCGAGUGGAGGGAAUGCCGGUGUUGAUGAUGAUGAAGCUGAGAGAAAGGCUCGAGGAGAGAGUACUAUGCCCGAGCGGUUCAGGUAUUUGACCAAAGAAGCUCCUGCCGCACCAGUGAGAUGGCCUUGGUUUGUCGCCCUGGCUUUCCUUGUCUAUGCAUGGAGGGCAGUGUUGUUGGAACUCUCAAACUGGCGAAAGGCUGUACUCGGUAUCGUUUCUUUUGUGGGAUACCUAUUGAAACUUGCCUUGGCUCUUGUAUUCCACUUCAUUGGUGACCCCAUAACUUCUCUGAUCAGAUUUGUUGAGACUGCUAUCUAUGCCAUUAGAGCAUUUUAUUCUGGCAUAGUGGCAUACGCGCCUGUUCCAGAGUUGACCACACUUAUCCUACUGGCAUCAGCUGUUCUUGCCAUUGCAGAAGCCACUGUUCCCAACUCUGUAAACAGCCAACCCCAUCUCCUCACAGCAGCUGGCCUAAUUGGCUAUGCAGCUGUGAGUGGUUUCAUCUCUGAGCCAUUCUUCUGGACCCUUCUGCUGCUCUUGUAUGGUUUCUCAAGGUUUGUUAAAAAGAGAGAUGAUGUUUCAUCUGCAUUGCCUGUUGCAGCUGUGCUUGCUGCAGUUGGAGAACCAUGGAUUAGGGUUUUGGUAAUGGCUUCAUAUCUGGCGCUAGCUAUUUCCCACCAUUCAAAAAAGCUUUCAGAAGGAAAGGAAGAAGCAAAAGUAGUAACAGCAAAUAGGAGGCUUCCUAUGCCAUUGCUGGGUGCAGCCUUGGCCAUUGGAAUCCGUCUUGCUGCCAACUGGGCUGGCUACCGGCACUUGACAUGGAAGAUAGUCUGAGACAUGAAAACUAGGUUCUGAGCAAAUUAGCCUUUGUAUAGCCUGGAGAUAGCUCAUCGGAGGAGUUGUUUUGGGCUUUUGACGGCAAUCAAUCUAAUACUUUUUGUAGCAUUCUUUCCAUGGUGUAGAAUAGAAUGGAUACUAUUGUAUCAUGCUGCUUUGUUUCCCAUCUCUCUUCCCAAAGACUACUACAAUUUUGGUAACCCAGAAAAUUCUAGAUAUGUCUUGCAUUCUCUUCCAA